AGUUGAAAGAUGGCAGAUUUUCAGAUUCUUUUAUGUGUUUCUACAAGACUGGGGCCCUUUGAAGUAAAGUGGGAGACCCCUUGGACCCCGGGACUGCUUCCUGACUCAGCCAUGAUUUCUCCACAGAGGCUGACACUUAUACUGGCCCUGGCCACGCUGAUUGCUGCCUUUGGGUCGUCCUUCCAGUAUGGGUACAACGUGGCUGUUAUCAACUCCCCUGCGGAGAUCAUGAAGCAGUUUUACAAUGACACCAACUACGAAAGAUACGGUGAAUAUAUUCCUGAGGCCUCCCUGACCUUGCUGUGGUCUGUCUCUGUGUCCAUGUUCCCCUUCGGAGGUUUCCUCGGAUCCCUCCUGGUUGGCCCCUUGGUGACUAGACUUGGCAGAAAAGGAACCUUGCUGUUCAACAACAUAUUUUCCAUCGUGCCAGCGAUCUUAAUGGGAUGCAGCAAGGUCGCUGGGUCAUUUGAGAUGAUCAUUUUAUCCAGAAUUUUGGUGGGAAUAUGUGCAGGUCUGUCUUCCAAUGUGGUCCCUAUGUACCUAGGGGAGCUGGCCCCUAAGAACCUGAGGGGGGCCCUCGGGGUGGUACCCCAGCUCUUCAUCACCGUCGGCAUCUUUGUGGCCCAGAUCUUCGGGCUCCGGAGUCUCCUCGCAACUGAAGAAGGUUGGCCGAUUCUCCUGGGGCUGACCGGGGUCCCCGCGGCACUGCAGCUUGCACUCCUGCCCUUCUUCCCUGAGAGCCCCAGAUACCUGCUGGUUCAGAAGAAGGAUGAAACGGCUGCCAAGAAUGCUUUGAGGAGGCUGCGAGGCUGGGACAACGUGGAGGAGGAGAUAGAGGAGAUCCGGAAGGAGGACGAGGCGGAGCGGGCCGCAGGUACCAUCUCCGUGCUGAAGCUGUUCAGCCUGCGGUCCCUGCGGUGGCAGCUCAUCACCAUCAUUGUCCUCAUGGGCGGCCAGCAGCUGUCCGGCGUCAACGCAAUUUACUACUAUGCGGACCAGAUCUACCUCAGCGCCGGCGUGAAGGAGGCCGAUGUCCAGUACGUGACGGCAGGCACAGGGGCCGUCAACGUGGUGAUGACCAUUUGUGCUGUGUUUGUGGUGGAGCUGCUGGGCAGAAGACUGCUGAUCCUCCUCGGCUUCUCCAUCUGCCUCACAGCCUGCUGCGUGCUGACCGCCGCCCUGGUACUACAGGAGACAGUAUCCUGGAUGCCUUACAUCAGCAUUGUCUGUGUCAUCUCCUAUGUCAUAGGACACGCAAUCGGGCCCAGUCCCAUUCCCGCACUGCUCAUCACCGAGAUCUUCCUGCAGUCCUCUCGACCAGCCGCCUACAUGGUGGGGGGCAGCGUUCACUGGCUCUCCAACUUCACCGUGGGCUUGGUCUUCCCCUUCAUUCAGGUCGGCCUGGGGGCUUACAGCUUCAUCAUUUUUGCCGUAAUAUGUCUUCUCACCACCAUUUAUACCUUCCUGGUUGUCCCCGAGACCAAGGCCAAGACAUUUAUAGAGAUCAAUCAGAUUUUCACCAAGAUAAAUAAGGUGUCAGAGGUGUACCCAGAAAAGGAGGAACUAACGAAUCUUCCACCUUCUACUCUUGGACAGUAACUAGGGGAGGGGAAGCCUGUCAUGUGGGUCUGCAUGGAACGUCCUCCUUUUGCUUUCCUGACUUCUAGUUUUCCAGAAAAGGACAAGUACAGUGUGGAAUGCAGGCCUCAUCUCUGGCCUCCCCACCCAGCUGGGAAUGUCCAAAUGGCUUCUGUGCUGUUCUUCUAGUCAGCCAUCUCUCUCCAGACUGACUAGUCACUGACCCUUAGUUAUAAAGGACAGCUGCUCCUCAGCCCGGCUGGGGUAGUCAUAUUGUGGCUCCUGAUAACACCAAAUUUGAUAACAAAAAUAGUUAUUAUAGUGAAGAGAUGGAAGGAAUCGACUUUUGCCAAAGAAACCAACUCUUCUCCAAUCCCAUGGAUCUUCCAGGCCACCGCCAUUUGCUCACACUCUCUUAUCAAAGACUUCUCCAGAAAAACCUGUCUGGGAAAGCGAGAUGUCCACAAAGGUGAUGUCUAGAAAGCGGGAGACCAGGUCCCUAUGGAGACACUGAUUAAGUCAGAGAUCAUUUGUCCAAAAUUCUAUUGAUAGAACAAAAUGGAAUUGCUUCAAUAAAACA